AACACGUCAACUAAUCUCGUAAAUCUUUAAUAUCGUAAACCAAACAAAUACGCGAAAAACAAGAUCGAAAAGAACAAAUGAAAAUCCAAGAUGUUUAUUUUCAUAUGAAACAAAACGUAAAGUACUAAGUAUACUACAUGCAUACUAUAUAUUCAGUAUAUAGACUCAGGCACAAUCACAAGUUGGGCGUACAAACAACAUAAUUGAGAUAAAUAAUUCUUUUUUUUCGGCCAAAAAGUUGUUCCGGGUUAUUGCCAGGGCCAACACAACUGAAUCUUUUCGACUUUAACUCGAAGCUGUUGAGUUUAACGGUUUCCUUUUGUGCUGCCGAAGAAAACAACACUCAAGGAAAAAGACAAACAAAUAAAGUAAUUUGCAAUAAAAAAUUAAAAAGAUACAGAAAAUACAAGAAAAAAUGCUAAAUAAAUACUAAUUAAAUGAAAUUGAAAUUCCACAAUUCAAAAACGAAAAGGCGAAAAGCGCAAGUGGAAAUAAAUGAAAAAGUUCUUAAGAAAUUGUAUUUGCUUUUUUGGCUAAUGAACCUUUGAAAAUGUUGUAAAACCGUGUUAGUUUGUUUAUCUAAUCUAAAACUGUGUGAAAUUAGCAAUAACAAUAAAAAUAAUAAUAAAAACAAUUAUAAACAAUAAGCUGGAACGAAUCUAAUAGACAAGCAGAUAAUAGAAUUAUACUACGCCAAACAACAAUAACCAAAUAACAACAACAACAAAACGAAAACAACAAUAAUUGCUAUUUCAGCAUUUUUCGACGCUUCGUUCGCAUCGUUCCAUUAAGCACGGCAAAUGCCAGGGAAAUCUUAAAGGCGCCUAAGGAAGAGAAGCCAACUGCAUCUUAAGCACUUAACUCCAUUUGCCAGCGAAAUUGCUCCAUAUGUUGGGGAAAUUUACAUCGAAUCAUGUCCAGGUUUAUCAUCAAUAUUCGCGCCCUGUUACCGUAAAGAAAAUCGUAAAGCAUCAGCCCCGAAGUUGGAUCGAGACCAAUUUUCAGAAACGCGAGUGCAUCAAAUUCAUCCCAUGCCCAAAGGACGAUACAAAAUGUUGCUGCGGCCAGGCACAGAUCACACAUCAGACGAUUGCAGGCAUCGAGAGCGGUUCGCCAGGUGAUUUGUGGCUGCCCACGAAGCACACGCGUCCACAGCCCACAGAUGCUUAUGGCACCAUUGAGUUUCAAGGUGGCGCACAUCCAACAAAAGCGCAGUAUGUGCGUCUGUCAUUCGAUACAAGACCGGAGCUGCUGGUACAGCUAUUCACUAAGGAAUGGAAUCUGGAAUUGCCAAAACUUUUGAUCACCGUGCAGGGAGGCAAAGCCAACUUUGAUUUGCAGGCAAAGCUGAAAAAGGAGAUACGCAAAGGACUUUUGAAGGCAGCGAAAACGACAGGCGCUUGGAUAUUCACCGGCGGUACCAAUACGGGCGUCACCAAACAAGUCGGCGAUGCGCUGCUCCUGGAGGGACAACAACGCACCGGACGUGUGGUCAGCAUCGGUAUUGCGCCCUGGGGCAUUGUGGAGCGCAAUCAUGAGCUUCUGGGCCACAAUCGUGAAGUGCCCUGCCACAGUAUUAGUUCACCGAGAUCGAAAUUGGCUGUGCUCAACAAUCGACAUGCGUAUUUUCUGCUGGUUGAUAAUGGCACCCAAGCAAAAUAUGGUGCCGAAUUGAUUUUGCGACGCAAACUGGAGAAAUUCAUAUCCAAUUUAAAGCUACAUCCAUUUACACAUUCCAGUACGCCGGUCGUCUGUCUGGUGAUUGAGGGCGGUACGAACACGAUACGUGCUGUCCUCGAGUACGUAACGGACUCCCCGCCAGUGCCAGUUGUUGUUUGCGAUGGCUCUGGCCGUGCGGCCGACCUCCUGGCCUUUGUGCACAAAUAUGCAUCGGAUGGCGAGGAGCAACCCGUAUUGGAGUCCAUGCGAGACUAUCUCAUCGGCACCAUACAGAAGACUUUCGAAGUGGGCCUGGAUCAGGCCGAGAAGCUGUAUCAGGAGCUUUUGCAAUGCACACGCAACAAGAAUUUGAUUACUGUAUUCCGCAUACAAGAGAAACCCGAAGGCGAGGCACAGGAGCUAGAUCAGACCAUCUUAACGGCGCUCUUCAAGUCCCAGCAUCUCAGUCCACCGGAGCAAUUGAGUUUGGCAUUGACAUGGAAUCGUGUGGACAUAGCGCGCAGCGAGAUAUUUGUCUACGGCCAGGAAUGGCCAAAUGGCGCUCUGGAUGAGGCAAUGAUGCAGGCACUCGAACAUGAUAGAAUCGAUUUUGUCAAAUUACUUUUGGAGAAUGGUGUCUCGAUGAAGAAAUUUUUAACAAUACCACGCCUUGAGGAACUCUACAAUACAAAACACGGUCCAGCCAAUACAUUAGGUUACAUAUUGCGCGAUGUGCGUCCGCAUAUACCCAAGGGCUACAUUUACACCCUGCACGACAUUGGCCUUGUCAUCAAUAAACUAAUGGGCGGCGCCUAUCGAUCCUAUUACACGCGCCGCAAAUUUCGUCCAAUCUAUGCGAAGGUGAUGAACAGCUAUGCAAAUGCUUGUCGCAAGUCCUCGACGUAUCAAUAUCAACGCUAUGCGGGUGCCAAUUCGCUUAGCCUGGUCACAGGACUUUUGCCAUUCACCACCGAAAUGGCUCUCUUCGAGUUUCCAUUCAACGAGCUGCUGAUCUGGGCAGUGCUAACAAAGCGUCAGCAAAUGGCGCUGCUGAUGUGGACACAUGGCGAGGAGGCGUUGGCCAAAUCGCUGGUUGCCUGCAAGCUGUACAAAGCGAUGGCUCACGAGGCGGCCGAGGAUGAUUUGGACACCGAAAUCUAUGAGGAGUUGCGUUCAUAUGCAAAAGAGUUUGAGAGCAAAGGCAACAAACUGCUGGACUUUAGCUAUCGACAGGACGCAGAGAAGGCACAACGUUUGCUCACCUGCGAACUGCACUCGUGGUCCAAUCAAAGCUGUCUCUCCCUCGCCGUGGCAGCUAACCAUCGUGCUCUACUCGCCCAUCCCUGCAGUCAGGUAAUUCUGGCAGAUCUCUGGAUGGGCGGACUGCGAACACGCAAGAAUACUAAUUUCAAGGUCAUUUUGGGUCUAAUCAUGCCGUUAUACAUCAGGCAAUUGGACUUCAAGUCGAAGGAGGAGCUGCAACAGAUGCCCCAGACGGAGGAAGAGCAUUUGGAGAAUCAAAAUCUCGACAAUGACGAUUCAGAUCGUUCGCAGCCCGAUGCUGAGAAUGCCCUUUUAAAAGCCAAAAGAUCCAUUUCCUUGAGAUAUAGGAUGGGCGCGGGCAGUAAUAAUCGCGACAAGGCUCUAUUGGCGGAUACUUAUUCAGUGCGCGAUACAAAAGUACACGAAAAUGGAAAAGUUAAUCUCACUGCUGGAGCGGAAGAAGCACCCUCCAAAGUUUCGUUGACUGAUUCGGAUCCGUCACAGUUUCGAGAAUUCUUUCAUCUGUCGGAAUACACGAACGAGAUCAAGCAGCAUCAACCGCUGCGAUUAAAGAAGAAGUUUUACGAGUUCUACACGGCGCCCAUUACCAAGUUCUGGGCUGAUUCGAUUGCGUACAUGUUCUUUUUGAUAAUGUUCUCGUUCACGGUGCUGGUGAAAAUGGGACCGAUGCCAAGGUGGCAAGAAUGGUAUUCCAUAGCAUACAUUACCACGCUCGGGUUUGAGAAGGUGCGUGAGAUUGUAUCCUCCGAGCCGGUGGCCAUUACGCAUAAAUUCUCGGUGUGGGCAUGGAACAUGUGGAAUCCAUGCGAUGGUGCUGCCAUAAUACUCUUUCUCAUCGGCCUCGCAUUUCGCUUUCGACCCGCCACCAUGGACAUUGGUCGCGUUAUUUACUGCGUGGACAGCAUCUAUUGGUAUUUGCGCAUAUUAAACAUUCUCGGCGUCAACAAGUAUUUGGGUCCAUUGGUUACCAUGAUGGGCAAAAUGGUCAAGAAUAUGAUAUAUUUCGUGGUCUUGUUGGCUGUGGUGCUCAUGAGUUUCGGUGUCAGUCGUCAGGCCAUUCUCUAUCCCAACAAUGAGCCCACCUGGCGUCUAAUCAGAGAGGUUAUUGCUGGCUCAAUUGUAGCGCCCGGAUUUCAAGGGGCUCUCGGCCAUAAUAGUCGUUCACACAAUACACGUGUCGCUGGCUUUGGACCCGGCUCUUUUGCUGGCCAUCAUCGUAGCUAUGCCGCAUCAGCAGCAGCAGCCGCCGCCGCAGCAGCAGCCGCAGCAACAGGGACAACAAGCCCAACAGCAACAACAACAUCAGCAUCAUCAACAACAACAACAACAACGAUGGCCCCUGACGUUAUGAUGCCAUCGAUAACAACAACAACUCCAAGUACAUCUACAUCUGCCACAACAGAUACAACAACAACAACAACAGAACAUAGAGCCGAUAGUCCAGAACUUCACAAUUUCUUAGGCGGAAAUCUGACAAAUGUCACCUAUCAACCCUACUUUAUGUUGUACGGCGAGGUGUUUGCCGAUGAUAUCGAUCCACCCUGUGGCGAGGAUCCACGUCAACCGGCCUGUGUCACCGGCCACUGGGUAACGCCGAUAACGAUGUCCAUGUACCUUUUAAUUGCCAAUAUACUGCUAAUCAAUCUGCUGAUUGCCGUCUUCAAUAAUAUAUUCAACGAAGUCAACUCAGUGUCACAUCAGGUGUGGAUGUUUCAGCGCUUUACAGUGGUCAUGGAAUACCAACAGAAACCCGUGCUGCCGCCACCGUUCAUCGCUUUUUGCCAUUUCUAUUCCUUGCUCAAGUAUUGUGUACGAAAAGCGAAAGGAUUGGAGGUGCAACGGGACAAUGGUCUCAAGCUAUUUCUCGAGAAGGACGAUCUGGAGCGUCUGUAUGACUUUGAGGAGGAGUGCGUUGAGGGCUUUUUCCAUGAGCAGGAAAUCAUAUUGAAUCAGUCAACCGAUGAGCGUGUCAAGAACACAACGGAGCGUGUCGAGACCAUGUCACAGAAAAUCGAGGACAUCAAUCAAAAGGAGAAUAUCCAAACAGCAACUGUGCAGAACAUUGAAUUCCGUUUGCGCAAAAUGGAGGAGUCUGCCGAGCAGAUACUGUCGCAUCUGGGCGUCAUACAUCGCUUCAUGUCCACCCACACCGCUGGCACCGACGAUUUGCGCGGCUCCGUGAUGAACAUUCCAGGUGAAAUGCAUCGCAUGCGCACCAUUUCAAUGACCGACACCGAGGGUGGCGUCAUUGGCGGUGUUCCUGGUCCAGGCAGUGGCGGAGGAGGAGGCGGUGGCGGUGGCGGUGGCGGUGUUGGCAGCAGUAGCAUUGCUGCGGGACUGGGACUGAGUGCAACACUUACUUUAAAUUCGCUGCAGGUUAACAAUCGACGGCGUUUCAAUCGCUCGCUAACCGAAGUGCGACCGGAUGCGUACAUCUUGGAUGAGGGCACACACUUUGAGGUUGUGCCGCUGCCCGAAGAGCCCGACGAAGUGGUCAAGUCACAAGAGGCCCUCAACGAGCAGGUGGUCCGCAAGGCCUCAAUGCAAUCCGAGCCCGAUUCGGACAUCUAUUUGCCACUGUCGCAGCGGCCUUCGACCUGUGAGACGGUGAAGCGGACGCCAUAUGUGACUGUGCGCCAGGAUACGGGAGCCAGCACCGAGAGCAAGGACACGCUCACACCGAUGGGCAACGAUGAUGAUCAGACGCUCGUUGGUGGCGACAAUUCCGAUGAUGCGGCGCCCGAUAUGACUUUCGAGGCUGCCAGGCACCGAGCGAUGCGUCAACGCACCGUCUCGCUCUGCCGCCGGAACUCGGAGACGUACUCGCUGACCGGAGCGGACAUCAAUCGCUCGCACAUUAGCCUCAAUCAGUUGGCAACGCUGUCGCGCCGCCAGCUGAGUCUGACACAGUCUGAGCCGGAUAGUGACAAGGAUACGCCAGUGGCCAGUGGUGGCCCACCGCCAGGUAAAUCAGUAUUGCAUGCGAAACCCUCCAGAAAUAUAUUGCUGAAACUGCACAGCGAGUACACAUCGAUAACGGACGAACUGGAGAGCGUCUGCCAUUUGAUUGCUUCGCCGAUCGUCUCGCUGCAGAGCAACCAAGCCUCCUUGGAUCGCCCCAAGACGGAAAUGUCACGUGCCGAGGCCGCGGCGUUGCUGGAGAAGAAGCAUCUGAAGGAGUGCGAGGAGAACGACUAUCGCAUACUCGAGGGUCUCUUCGAGGCACGCGGCUCCAUCGAUGCCAGCGUUCAGCCCUAUGAGAUUGGCGUCUCUAUAGACUAUAGUCAUCGCUAUCCGCUGCGACGGGAAACAGCCAUUGAGCUGUCGCCCUCGAAACCCUCAGCGGACAGCGGACUCAUGGGUGCCGUGGGUGGCGCUGGCGGCGGUGGAGACAGCAGUGACACCAGCGGUGCGGGCACAAGUGGCUUCCAACUGAAGCACGAGCGUCCCUGGCAACGCAACUCCUCGAUGGAACAGCAGACGUAUCAGUCACCGCUGGUGCCAACGCGUGCCACCAGCGACUUUCUCAAUCCGCCCUAUGACAGCAGCGGACGUCUGUUCAAAAAGUCCAGCGAGAGUCUGCAGAAGAACUCGAGCACGGACACCGAUUAUUCGGCGCAUCCGUAUCGGUUUAUCAAGCAGAGCUCGAAUGAGACGAAUACCUCGCAAACGGGAUCGUAUAACAUUGAUACGCCAUCGUUGACGGCGGAGCCAUCGCUGGAUGCUGGCGACUCGCAUUCGGCAACGGGGAUUAGCAUGAUGAGUGUUGGCGCUGCUGGCGGCGCUGCGACAACGCGUUACCAGCCGAAGCGCACGGCGUCUGUGGGCGCUGCCGAUGGCAGACGUCUGCGAGACGAUAGCUCCAGUUCGCUGGAUCUCAGUGCUGCGCCAGUAAUGACGCAGGCGCAGACGCCAGCAUUGCCAGCACUGCCCUCGCGUCCCAUGCAGCUGAAGAAACAGUUUAGCAUGGACCAAGGCAAACCGCUGUCGGCGCAAACCAGCGCCGAGACAUCCUCCUCAGCGGAGCCCGUGACUCCAGCGGCCAAACUGAUUUCAACACUCAAGCCGCCGUAUCAGGCCAGCAAACUGGGCAUGAAUGUGCUCAAGGAGAGCAGCUCCAGCACCGAAGAGUCGCGCGAUGGCGAAGCCCUAUCCACAGCCUCAUCGUCGGCAAAGAGCAGUCAUGCACCGUUGGCCAUACCACAGAUUAGCACACAUCUGGUGCAGGACGAGAUUGCCAAGCUGUCGUCGAACAUUAAGAGCAGCACGGAGUCGGAAAAGGAUCCACCAUAUAAUGAGACAAUGUGUUAAGCGUCGUCAUCGUUGUGUCCCUCCUGUUGAUGUUGCAAUUAAACCAAAAAAUAGUUAGUGCUUAAGUGUUUUACCCCGCCCAAACACAAACACACACACAACAGAUCGAUCUAAGAAUACUAUAUAGUAUGUUUAACUAGUUGUAUAAGUGAAGCCACCUUGUGCUCAAUAUCGUUAUUCAGUCAACGAUUCUUCUUUUUUAAAUCCCCCAUAUAUCCCAGUUGCUGAAAGUGCUGCGACAAUGGAACGUUAAGAAGAGGAGAGAACAAUAUUUAAAUACAAAUUAAUGAUAAAUCACUGUAUGUUAUUCAUGAGAAAGGCAGAGCCAGAGGCAGAGUCAUGCAUAGAUGCACCUGACAAUUUAGUCAUCAUUUAGCGCAUAUCAAGGAAGCAAAAAUUCAAUAUUAUAUACAAUGAAGAUCGAAAUGAAUCCCCGGUGUAUGCAACGCAAUUUACGUAUGUGUUAAUGAUUUUGGACAAUACAUAGUACACAGAUUCUCUGUAUUUUUAUAAGAUGUAUUUAUUUACAACUCAUACGUAUAGAUUACUGAUUACUGAUGAUGAUGAUGAUGAUGAUGUUAUUACCGAAGAAAGAAUGUUACACAAAAUGUUAGUACGAUAAAUGCAUGCAUUUCUCUCACAACUCCUAUAUAUCUUUUAAAUAUCACUUCUUAAAGCAACAAAAACAUUAUAAUACCACCAAUUAAGCUAUGAAAUGUUUACAGUGUCUAGAAUUAGUCAUCGAUACAUAUAUACUUGCAAACUUUCACAUAUCUCUCAAACUCAAACUAUGAACUUAUCGCUCCUAAAAAGAUGAAAAAAACUAAGAUAUCGAUAUUUAGCUCAAUGCAACGUGUUGCAAGUACUUAUACUGUGUGUAUGUAAAUUGCACCUUCACAAUACCGCGAUAUCAACUUACUGUGUAUAUUUGUGCGUGUACUUUAUAUACUAUAUAACAUAGCUAUGUAUGUGUCUGUCUGUCUGUUGUUUGCCAGAGCAAUUAGUUAGUCCAGUUGUUACUUAUUUAAAUGUCGAAAUGUCUAUGCGUACAUGUGUGUAGAUAAUCUAUGCUAUAUAUAUUAUACUAGUAAUUGUAAGUAACCUAAAUCAAAUUGUGUAUAUACUUAUAUAAAUAAACAAAAAAUAUAUUUUUCAUAUAGAAAACACAACGGAAAAAUGCGAAACAAAAAAGAAUUCGGUUAAAUUAUUGUUAACGAUUUGAUUCUUGUUAAAUGCCGCAAUGCGCUGCUAUUUUCAUGAUUAGUUGUAACGCAAAACAAAAACAACAGAAAACAAAAAAAUGUUUGAAAACUUUAUGAAAUUUUUGCAUUUUAUUAGAGUUAGACAAUGUACUUAUUGAUUUUAAGAAAAUAAAUUUUAUUAUAUUAAUGGCUCGUGUAAAACCGCAUUGCAGAAUUCAUUUCAGUAUUGAAUUUCCCCCUCCGUAAAAUAAACACAAAUAUCACUUUCGGUUACUCGAUUAAAAAACUCAUUUAUUUAAUACUUUCUCUUAUACGAUACUAGGAUGAAUUUUUGCAUACAAUUCUCAUUUUAAUUACCAUCGGAUUUCUCAUCUCAGAUUGUAAACAAAGUUCAAGUCUUUUUUGUUGCCAUUUCAGCUUACAAACUAGGAAGAAAGCUAUUUAAACAUUUAUGCUUAAUACAAAAUCUUUUGUUUUCGUUUAUAAAUAAUUACAAUUUAAUGGCAAUAUGGCUUGGGUUGAAUACAAGCUCAGCUGUACAUAAACUAAAUGCGAAUGAAUAACAAAUUACAAGGCACUCACUCCCGUCCUCUCGUCUUCUCGUUCCCUCGUCGUCUUC